UUGCCCCCGCCCGGGCUCCGCGCCUCCCGGAGAGGCACUGGCGGGCGGGCGGCGCUACCUUUGUGUGUUUCGCUUCGAGGUGCUGGAGACCACCCCCAGCCGGCUGCCGCGUCCCCUCGCGGUCCCAGCCCCUCCUCUCGGCGUCCCCAGCCCCCCGCUCAGCUCCGCGUGCCAGCUCGGGGAUCGCUGGUUCGCUCCCCGCGGCGCCAGGAGGAGGGGCGAGGGCCCGCAGCUCCCUCCCCCGCGCGCGGCGCCGGAGCCGAGCCCAGCCCGGGGGACCCGCCGCCGCCGCCGGUCAUGUGGGCCGGACUGCUCCUCCGGGCCGCCUGCGUCGCGCUCCUGCUGCCCGGGGCCCCGGCCCGAAGCUACACCGGGAGGAAGCCGCCCGGGCACUUCGCGGCGGAGAGGCGCCGGCUGGGCCCCCACGUCUGCCUCUCUGGGUUCGGGAGUGGCUGCUGCCCUGGCUGGGCACCCUCCAUGGGCAGUGGGCACUGCACCCUGCCCCUCUGCUCCUUUGGAUGUGGGAGUGGCAUCUGCAUCGCUCCCAAUGUCUGCUCCUGCCAGGACGGAGAGCAAGGGGCCACGUGCCCAGAGGCCCUUGGACCCUGUGGGGAGUACGGCUGUGACCUUACGUGUAACCAUGGUGGCUGUCAGGAGGUGGCCCGGGUGUGCCCAGUGGGCUUCUUGAUGACAGAGACAGCUGUUGGCAUCAGGUGUACAGACAUCGAUGAAUGUUUAAGCUCCUCUUGCGAGGGCCACUGCGUGAACACGGAAGGCGGCUUCGUGUGCGAGUGUGGGCCGGGUAUGCAGCUAUCUGCCAAUCGCCACAGCUGCCAAGACACUGAUGAAUGCCUAGGGACCCCCUGUCAGCAGAGAUGUAAAAACAGCAUCGGCAGCUACAAGUGCUCCUGUCGAAGCGGCUUCCACCUCCACGGCAACCGGCACUCCUGUGUGGAUGUAAACGAGUGUCGGCGGCCAGUGGAGAGGAGAGUCUGUCACCAUUCCUGCCAUAACACCGUGGGCAGCUUCCUGUGCACGUGUAGACCUGGCUUCAGGCUCCGAGCUGACCGCGUGUCCUGUGAGGCAUUCCCAAAAGCCGUGCUGGCCCCGUCCGCCAUCCUGCAGCCCCGGCAGCACCCCCCCAAGAUGCUCCUGCUGCUUCCAGAGGCGGGCCGGCCUGCCCUGUCCCCUGGACACAGCCCUCCUUCUGGGGCUCCGGGGCCCCCAGCUGGAGUCAGGACCACCCACCUGCCACCCCCCACCCUCCCACUGCCCACAUCCUCCACUUCCGCCCCGACAAGGCUGCUCUCCACUCCAGUGGCCCCCCCAGUGCCUACUGCUGCCCUGCUGGGGACCCUCAGGCCUCCCUCACUCCUCCAGGGGGAGGUGGUGGGGACCCCUCCCUCACCCAGGGGCCCCGAGGCCCCACGACUGGCAACAUGGCCCGCUCCCUGCCGGCACCUGGGAGCCAUAUAUGAAUCCGGGAGCCACUGGACAGAGCCUGGGUGUUCCCAGUGCCGGUGCGAGGAUGGGGAGGUGACCUGUGAAAAGGUGAGGUGUGAAGCUGCUUGUUCCCACCCGAUUCCCUCCAAAGACGGAGGGUGCUGCCCCUCCUGCACAGGCUGUUUUCACAGUGGCGUCGUCCGAGCUGAAGGGGACGUGUUUUCACCUCCCAACGAGAACUGCACCGUCUGUGUCUGCCUGGCUGGAAACGUGUCCUGCAUUUCCCCCGAGUGUCCCCCCGGCCCCUGCCAGACCCCUCCGCAGUCUGAUUGCUGUACUUGUGUCCCAGUGAGAUGCUAUUUCCACGGCCGGUGGUACGCGGACGGGGCUGUGUUCAGUGGGGGUGGUGACGAGUGUACCACCUGUAUCUGCCAGAAUGGGGAGGUGGAAUGUUCCUUCAUGCCCUGUCCAGAGCUGGACUGUCCCCGAGAGGAGUGGUGGCUGGGCCCUGGACAGUGCUGCUUCACCUGCCGGGAGCCCACGCCCAUGACAGGCUGCUCUCUCGACGACAACGGGGUUGAGUUUCCGAUUGGACAGAUCUGGUCGCCCGGUGACCCCUGUGAGUUAUGCAUCUGCCAGGCAGAUGGCUCUGUGAGCUGCAAGAGGACAGACUGUGUGGACUCCUGCCCUCACCCGAUCCGGAUCCCUGGACAGUGCUGCCCAGACUGUUCGGCAGGCUGCACCUACACAGGCAGGAUCUUCUACAACAACGAGACCUUCCCGUCCGUGCUGGACCCGUGUCUGAGCUGCAUCUGCCUGCUGGGCUCAGUGGCCUGUUCACCUGUGGACUGCCCCGUCACCUGCACCUACCCUUUCCACCCUGACGGGGAGUGCUGCCCUGUGUGCCGAGACUGCAACUACGAGGGGCGGAAGGUGGUGAACGGCCAGGUGUUCACCUUGGACGAGGAGCCCUGUACCCGGUGCACCUGCCAGCUGGGAGAGGUGAGCUGUGAGAAGGUCCCCUGCCAGCGGGCCUGCGCCGACCCCUCCCUGCUCCCCGCAGACUGCUGCUCCACCUGCCCAGAUUCUCCGUCUCCUCUGGAAGGAAGGCCGGGGCUCUCCCCUCCCGGAGACAUGGAACUCAGCAAAGCUGCUCGGAGCCCCCGCGGAGACGCCACAGCCCCUGUCAACUGCAGCGCCUGCCCGGGGCCCCCGCCGGCGUCACCCCCAAGGCCGGCGCUCCGUCUGCUCCAGCUCCUCCUGAGGGCGAACCUGUCUAACACACAGACUUCACCCGCGGGCGCUCAGGCUGCACCCUCGCCCGCUCUCGGGCCGCGGGCCACUUUCCCAGGGGAGCCCCGGGCCGUCCAGUCCCCUCAACUCUCUCCAGGGCCUGCGACCCCCCCAGGACCCUCCACUCUACCUCCAGCCUCUCCGGGGGCUCCUCAGCUGCCACCUGUGACUCCGGAGCGCUCCUCCUCGGCCCCUGAGCCCCGGACGGCCUCCAGGUGGCCGCCUCUGCCUGCCACCCUCCUGACUGAAGCUUCAGCACUUUCCACGACAGACCGCAGCCCCUCAGAGACCCGCGUCAGCCCCCUCAGGCCUCGCACGCUCUCUCCUGCCACCGCCAGCCUCUCCGAGGCCCUCGCGGCCACCGCCCGCCCUGGCCCCCAGCACCCGCCGGCGGGCACCCCACGGUGGGAAGAGUCCACCACGUAAGCAGGUCACCGGGCCUGGGAGACUCCGGACAGAGGAGGCUCUGCCAGUGGCCCAGGGCGCGUGCAGGGCGGCUCCGGGCGCGAACUGGCAGGUGGCGCUGGGGUGCCCUCCCUCGGGGCUCCUUGUGGCGUGGAAGCUCCCAGGCUGGAUGCGGCCUUGCUCCCCAGGAGCACUGGGAAUGUGCUGGAAGAAUGAAGCAAAUGGAGCUGUCCACUGUCAGCGUCCUCCCUGGACCACACGCCGCUCAUCGUCGGAGAAAGGGCUGCCACGCUCGCCCCCGGAGGAGGAGUGCCGCACAGGCCGGGACUGCGCCGCCAUCCUCACGUGUCCUCCUCUGGCAUUUCCCGAUUAAAGCUUG